CAAGCGCCCAGGCAAGUGGGAGUGGCUGACAACUGGGUCACAUGGUUAACGCACUAUUUAGAACAUUGAGUACAGAAAAGUCGUUCAACAAGGGAGUUCGUCCAGCGUCUUUCAUCUUGUUACAUAUUUUUAAAUGUACAAAAACUAUUCAGGUUGUAUUAGAUGCGGCAUAAAAGUCUCGGGAAUUUUGACUGAAAGAAGAUCGGGAACUUGUUUUGUUCAGGAUACUGACAUGAGAGUGCAGAUAAUUAUAUUCAUGCUACCAAUAUUUACUACAGAAAUGUAGUUGAGACUGAAUUAAUAUACAGUGUUGAGCUUUAGAUGAUCGACGCUUUUAAUUUGAGUUUGUUACAGUGUAACCACUGUGCUACUAAGGACAAUAGAACUUUGCAAUCCUUAAAGUCAAACUGGCGAGUUAUUGACAAUACAUUUAGUCAGCAUAGGUUGCUUGAUCCAAAUAUUCACGGAAUCGAGGCGCCUGCAGACAUGGGAUCAAUCAAGACUGGUAAGACCGGCUUUAUUAUCCGUGCUAUUACAAUGUUACAUGUAAUUGAAAGUGUCCACCUCUCGCUACAUUGAUCAGUUACUUGUUUGCAAAUGUGUUACUUUGUUACAAAUAUAGUGUUACUGUUGCUGUCUAGAAUCAAUGUGUCGUGCUAAGAAUCGGUUCUAGAAAAAAGCUUGUGCAAUCUGAUUUAUCUGUCAUUUUAUUUAGUUGUGUGCUUUUUAUACGUUAUAUGUGGACCACAAUUAGAAACCUUCUAAUGGAUUAUUUAGCUUUUGUGGUCUGCUUAUUGUCAAGCCAUGUAUAUGGGUUAGGAAUGCCACUGUGCUACGUUUGUGUUUGUUUUGACACUACAAUGUUCUACUUUGCUUCACCUCACAUGGACCAAGCUGCCUAGCCAUGUGCCGAUGCUUCUCGACUCUCACUGCUCAUUGGUCGAGAAGAGGCUGUGACGCAAUCAGUGCACACAUCUGCACUGAGUCCAAGCUCGCGGGCGGCAUGCAGGUCCACGUGAGCCUGAAGGAGGCUGUUUUGGUGACCUAGAUUUAAUCUCUUAGACAUGACAGCUCCACAUGUGGGUGGGUUUUGGAAGAGAAUAGUCGUAGCUGGUUAGGUAAUCAUGGCCAGGUCUUCGAGACCAUUAACUACAUUUAGGGCUACAUAGUAUAGUAUAAUAUAUAUGUUGAUUUUGUGACAGUACACCAAGCAGCAUGUGUAUUAUUUUCCUAGUUUGUCUUAUUUAGCCCAUAUUUAAGCAUUUGGUUUAAUGUCUACAUUCUUAUGUAAUAAUGUUAUUUAACACCAAUGACUACAAGAAUAACUUUGAUUUUGCCAGAAACUAAAAUAUGAUAUAUUUUUGUGCCCUGUCAAGCAAAAGAGCAGUAACUGCUCAUAAAUGGAAACUUAGAAAAAUGACUUCAGUGUUUUUUAAUUGUGGAGCCAAAUGAAUUGUAGUCAGAUCAUUGGAGAUGUUAACUGUUGUCUUUUUUCCCAGUUUAUUUUGUAUUCAUAUUGACCCUGACCUCUGGCAUUAUCUGGCAGUUACCGCCUUCUGGCUUGGUACACCCACUGGAAUGACGAUUUUCUUUUACAAUGCAAACUUGUGUUCGUACAUGUAUUUGUAUGUGGUUGUCAGUGUCAUGGUUUGAUACUUGUUUCAACAAACAACAAUAAAUUGGUAAACCAUAGUAACUACAGCCCAAAGCUUAGUGAUUCAAGGUUAAAAAUAAAUAAUUAAAAAGCAGUAACUGAGGUGAGCGAUUGCAUUUAAUGCUUUUUGUCUUUGGUUUCACUAACUUUUACCAGCCACUGCAAACAUGACAUCCCAUUUUAUCUGAAACACAUUUUGUCCACAUGAUAAAUCAUGUAUUUAAUGUAUCAUAAAUGUCAGCAGUCUUUUCAGGAAGCAAAGCCCCAUGGGACGCAGUGCCACUAAUUGGAAAUGGACACAGCAACAUUUUAUGGGUGGAAGGAACAUCAUCGAGAAGUUAGUCAUUCCCUCUGACAGUGAGCUUGAGAGUCAGGAAGAGUGGAUCCCCGAGACAGUUAAGAGGAGAAUGCCUGUCUGUUGACAAUGAGACUGAGUCUGAGGAUGAAGAUGUAUCAGAGGUUGAUAUUCCACACCUACCCCGGUGGACAACACCCCACAAUGCAUACUUCAAUGCUUACCCAGAAUGGCAGGGCCUGCUUUCAAGAUCUGAUGAUAUCAUGUCCCCCCUCCAGUACUUCAUGCAGGUUUUCUCUGAAGACAUUCUGGAAGUUAUUGUAGGGCAAUCAAAUCUAUAUGCGGUACAAUGUAACGCAAACAAGCCCCUUAACCUCACAACAAAAUAAUUGGAGCAGUUCCUGGGUAUUAUGGUGUACAUGUCGUUGUUUGGUUUACCCGGCACCCGCAUGUCUUGGAACAUCCCCUGCCGAGUGUCCCAAGUAGCUGACACCAUGAUACUGAAUAGAUGGGAGGGAGGCCAUCAAAAAAUCCCUGAGGUUGACAGGUGGGAUCUCAAGCGAAAGAUGAUCACAUAAGUGUCCUGAAUAUGGGUGGGGUGGGAUGGAUCUGCUUGACUCACUGAUUUGCACUGUACCGGAACAAAAUCAGAUCAAGGAGGUGGUACGGCAGGCUGGUGUUUCACUUCCUGGAUAUGAUCAUCGUGACCACCUGGCUGCUCUACUGAAGAGAUUGUAAGGGCACUGGCAUGAGAAAGAAGGAACAAAUAAGCUGUAUACCUUCAAGUUAUACAUCUCUGAAGGCCUAUGCAAAAGUGGAAAUAGUCUGGAGCGCAAGAAAGGUCGUCCCAGUUCCACAAUUGCUGGUGAGUAUGAGGAGAAAAGGGCCCACUGCUCCAAUUCCAGUCCCUGAUGUGCACCUGGAUGCCACGGCCCACUAGAUGAUUAUGGCUGAAACGAAGGGGAGACGCAAGGUACACCAAAAUCCAAGUGCCAGAAUUGUGAUGUCCACCUCUGUUUCACAUCCACCAGCAACUGCUUCCUGAGGUUCCACACAGAAUUGGAAAUCAGAGUGUGCUUUGUCAAAAAGAGAAACACUGAUUCAAACAUUAACCCACACAAACACACAUUCAGAAACACUCAAACACACACACACACUCGCACAUAUAGGCUAUACCCUCCAAACACACACACAUAUACACCACACACACACAGUCAUUUGGAUAUUGGUUUAUAUGUUUAUAUGAAAUGUGAGAAACAUUUAUACAUGAGGUGUUAGUUGUAGUUUGUUUAUUUGAUUCUUGAUGUUUUGACUUUAAAGCUUCUAAUUGUGAUUGGUUGGAAAUAAAACCCGUUCCAAUUCAUAUAUUACUUAUUUUCCUUAUUCCGCUGAUCAUAUGUAUUAUAGAAAACUAGACACAUUUUAUGAUGGAUAUAUUAAUAGGGACCUCCAAGCUCCCAAAGAAAUUGGGUGAAAUAUCUUUUCCCCCACAAAAUAAUUAAGGGUUAAGUAAUUUAGGUCAAAUGGAAGAUAUUUGCGAUUUUUAUUAUGUUUCUGUGUGUCAUGUAACACACUUUGUCACCCUGUUCCCAAACGUCUUUAAAUAAAGUAUUUUUGUGAUUAUUUGUGUUUUUGUUUAAAACAAACCGUCAAUAAUGGUGACAUGCAUGACCCUGGCUGGGACUGCAGGCUUUGCUGUACUGUUUAGAAUAAACACCCAUAGAGCCAGUUUGUUAUGUAACAGUGGUGUUAUUGUAUCGCCAGGCAUGAGGUAGUAAAACAGGUCAAGCCUCCCGGGUGGUGCAGUGGUUAAGAGCGCUGUACUGCAGCGCCAGCUGUGCCACCAGAGACUCGGGAGGUCCGUGGGGCGACGCACAAUUGGCCUAGCGUCGUCCGGGUUAGGGAGGGCUUGGUCGGUAGGGAUGUCCUUGUCUCAUCGCGCACCAGCGACUCCUGUGGCGGGCCUGGGAGCAGUGCCCGCUGACCAAGGUUGCCAGGUGCACAGUGUUUCCUCCGACACAUUGGUGCGGCUGGCUUCUGGGUUGGAUGCGCGCUGUGUUAAGAAGCAGUGCAGCUUGAUUGGGUUGUGUAUCGGAGGACGCAUGACUUUCAACCUUCGUCUCUCCCGAGCCCGUACGGGAGAUGUAGCGAUGAGACAAGAUAGUAGCUACUAAACAAUUGGAUACCACGAAAUUGGGGAGAAAAACGGGUAAAACAAAUUAAAACACACAAAAAAAACAGGUCAAUAUAGAGCAGGACAACAGUCAUGCUCUAUAUUGGAAGUGGCAAAGGUAAUCAGGCAGAUGUUUUAUGAUUUAUAUAUGGUUUAUUAUUUACCUUUUGAAAUAGUUGGUCGAUUUCCAUCACUAUUAUAACCUUACUCUGACAUACAAUGGGGUAAAAACUUAGAAUAAUAAUUUGUGUCUCUCUUAGUUGUUACAAAAUAUUUCGACUUCAAUAUUAUGUUUUUGAUAUGACAUAUAUUUGAUUUAUUUUCCAAUAACCUUUUGUGUUUUUUUUCCUUCUCCCCUCAGGUGGUGUAAUAACUUACAUCUCCUCUGGCUCCGCCUCCAGCCCGGAGUCUUGUUUGAGUGACAGUUGCAGCAGCAGCUACCUGUGCUCCUCUCCACCUCAUCCCUCACUGCCAAGCCGGGCAGUAGGAAUCAUGGUGGACAUCGCCCGCACUACAACAGCCAAGCACCCACGUAGCCACGGCACAGAGAAGACUGGGCGAUCUACCUCCGCUAAGAGCAGCAUCACCAAGAUCAACGGCAUGGUGUUGUUGUGUAAGGUGUGCGGUGACGUGGCCUCAGGGUUCCACUAUGGCGUCCACGCCUGCGAGGGCUGUAAGGGUUUCUUCAGGAGGAGCAUCCAGCAUAGCAUCCGGUAUAAGAAGUGCCUGAAGAUGGAGAACUGCACCGUCAUAAGGAUCAACAGGAACCGCUGUCAGCAGUGCCGCUUCAAGAAGUGUCUGGCUGUGGGCAUGUCUAGAGACUCUGUUAGGUUUGGCCGCAUCCCAAAGAGAGAGAAGCAGCGCAUGCUGCUGGAGAUGCAGAACGCCAUGAACAACAUGAUGAUGAACAACAACAGCCAGCUCCGCAGUAUACUCCACGGCACCCAGAGUCCACCCUGCCCCAUGGAAGGGCUCCCCAAUGACGGCAGCUCCUCUUCCUCUGCCUCUUCUUCCUCAUCUAGCUCGUCUUCAUCAGGCUCCAACCCUUCCUCACCCCGUUCCGUUCAAGACUCCCUGGAGACCAGCUCUAGCUCCGCCUCUUCCUGUUCGUCGGAUAGCGGUGAUGACGAGGUUCCUCCUUCCAGGGUGUGUCACCAGGGCACAUUCACGUACCGCCGUGAGCAGCAACAGUCCAUCAAAGAGGAAGCGGAGGAGUCACCUUCGCAGGUCGCCGGGGAAACUGUAAAAGACAGGAGAGACAGGCGCAUGGAGGAACUGCAGGAGAGCUGGAACCGCUGCAACGACGAUGCCAGGGGCUACCAGCCUAGUUGCAACAGUCAUCAACAAGUCUCCAACGUUCCCUACCGGGAAGAGAGAGUUGUUUACCAGCAACAGCCUGCGCAGCUAGACGGCGCCCCCAGUGGUGGCAUGCCAGAAGACUCCUGCAGCCUCCAUCACAGGAGCGACAACACAAUGCACAACGUACAGACCGUCUCCAAUGACUACAGUGGACCAUCAUACAGCCUACAGGACCACAAGACAAACUUGGUCAUUCCUAGUCUCUAUGUGGACACCAGCCAGCGCAGCCAGGAGAUCUGGGAGGAGUUCUCCCUGAGUUUCAUCCCGGCCGUGCGCGAGGUUGUGGGGUUUGCCAAGAGGAUCCCGGGCUUCCGAGACCUCCCCGAGUACGACCAAGUCAGCCUGCUCAAAAACGGAACGUUUGAGGUGCUUAUGGUGCGCUUCGCUUCUCUGUUCGAUGUGUCCGAGCGCACUGUGACCUUCCUGACGGGGAAGUGUUACAGCUUGGAGCUGCUGCGGGCCGGGGAGCUGCUCACCUCCAUGUGUGACUUCAGCGAGAAGCUGGCCGCUCUGCAGCUGGACAAGGAUGAGAUGAGCCUCUUCAUUGCCGUCGUCCUCGUUUCUGCCGAUCGUUCGGGGAUCCAGGACUUGAAGUCAGUGGAGGCGCUGCAGGACACGCUGAUCCGAGCGCUGCAGAGUCUGAUCAUGAAGAACCACUCCAACGAGACUACCACCUUCACCAAGCUGCUGCUGAAGCUGCCCGAGCUGCGCUCCCUCAACAACAUACACUCUGAAGAACUGCUGGCCUUCAAAGUGCACUUGUAAUGGGACACUCACAAUAGGGCUCAUCUGACUCCUAAUACCCUCCUUCCACACUUUGAAACCAGGACUGGCCUCGUCUGCCACUCCUAUACGAGGACCCAGGGGAGAACUUAGGGACCUACCGUUUGCAGUCAACCAACUCAGUGUUUUUCUCCAGAAUGUAUUGAGAAGGUCUUCUUUUGAACUAUGUUGAUAGGGACAAAGGUCAAAGAAGAGAAAAUACUGUACUCUCGUCAUUGAAGGCUUGAGAACUGAGCUAUUGCUCGUGUGUGUGUGUGUGUGCGGGGCUUGUGGUUUUACCAAGUUAGAGGCACCUUUCUAUUUUUAAAGAAAAAGAUGAAGAAAUGCUAUAUCGGCUUUUUGAAAUGAUGAAGUGCAGAACUACUUGGUUUGUUUGUUAAAUCCAUUUAAUUCCAAAGUGAAUUGCUCACGAGCAGUGUGAAUGUGAUGAUUAUGCCACCUAUUGGAUGUUUCAUUCGAAGCGCAAUAUCAAUUGGUCAUUGUUUGACCCAAUAUGUUUGAUAAAAGCCCUCAAGACUCAAUGUAAACAUCUAUCUAUCAAAAAGAAUGCUUGAUGAAUCUGAUAAUUGCCCUAAUUGCAUGGCUAUCCUUAAGUGAACAACUUGAAAUUUUCCUCCCAACCCUCCGAGGAAGGACUCAUAUAUUUAUUUUUGAAUUGUUCAACUGUAUUGUUAUGUUUACUGUCCUUUGUGUAGGGUAUUUCAUUUGUCUGAAUAUUUCAUUUUUGCAUGUCUUUGUUAGCUGCUACUGCCACGCCUCCUUCUGGAGAGUUGUUGAUAGUACACUUUUUCAGCAACACAACUUUGCACAUUGUGUUGUGGACUGUCAACCUCCAAAAUCACACACGUGAGCACAGACCCACAUCAUGUGUGCUUGAUGUGAACACGAUGAACCUGAAGUGUUCCUUAACUGAUUCCCCUCCUUCCUCACAGUGAGGAGUUACUGGGUGGUUUUGACUUUGCCUCCUGACAUUUCAGCACUGACUUUAAAACUGAUAGUUUCCCCAUCUAUUGUGUUGUUGUUGAACAGUCUGUAUUUGUCUCCAUUUACUGACAAGAUUGCCAUUUGUAAUGAAUAGUUAUGCUAUAUGUCUAUCAUAUAAAUAUAUAUAAAUAGUAGAAAUAAAUACAAGUGAAGUUA